AUGGGCCUGACUGAGAUACGCACCGUCGGCAAAGUCAGCUUUGAUAAGCCGGCUUCAGAGCAGAAGGGUCUCCAUAACAGAUGGCAUCCCGAUAUCCCUUUCGCCAACACUAUAAAGGAUGGAGAGACGGUGAAGAUAGAAUGCCUAGACUGGACCGGCGGACAGAUUGGCAAUAAUGACUCAGCGGAUGACAUACGCAAUGUAGAUCUAACCAAGAUCCACUACCUGAGUGGCCCCUUUGAAAUCGAGGGUGCCCAACCUGGCGACCUGCUGCUGGUCGAGAUCAUGGACGUCCAACCCUUUCAAGACCAGCCGUGGGGGUUCACGGGGGUCUUCGACAAGAGAAACGGCGGGGGUUUCCUGGACGAGCUGUAUCCUUCUGCCGCAAAAGCUAUCUGGGACUUCGAGGGCAUCUAUUGCACCUCGCGCCACAUCCCACACGUCAAGUUCGCAGGGCUCAUCCAUCCCGGGAUCCUGGGAUGCGCACCCUCGAGUGAGGUCCUGGCCACAUGGAAUCGGCGUGAGGGCGAGCUCAUCGCCGCCAACAAGCUUGACCGCAUUGUUGCACAGCCCCCGGAGCCGAUCAACGCGCACACGGGGGCUGCGGAGGCGGAUGUGGCCGAGAAGGUGGCUAAGGAGGGGGCGAGGACGAUUCCGGGGAGACCAGAGCAUGGGGGGAAUUGCGAUAUCAAGAACCUCAGCCGAGGAAGCAAAGUCUACCUUCCCGUCCACGUCCCAGGGGCCAAGUUCAGCGUGGGCGAUCUUCACUUCUCCCAGGGCGACGGCGAAAUCAGUUUCUGCGGCGCCAUCGAAAUGGCCGGCGUCAUCACCAUCAACUUCAAAGUGAUCAAGAACGGCGUCGCCGACCUGGGCCUCAAGUCACCCAUCUACAUCCCCGGGCCUGUGGAGCCCCAGUUCGGCGCCGGACGGUACAUCUACUUUGAGGGAUUCUCCGUCGAUCAGCAUGGCAAGCAGCACUACAUGGAUGUUACGGUUGCAUAUCGACAGACGACUCUUCGCUGCAUCGAGUAUCUACGCAGGUUUGGGUACAGCGAUUACCAGAUCUAUUUGUUGCUCAGUUGCGCGCCGAUCCAGGGUCAUGUAGCGGGUAUUGUCGAUAUCCCCAAUGCCUGCACGACUUUGGGAUUGCCAAUGGAUAUUUUCGACUUCGACAUCAGUCCCUCCGGACUAGCCAAGAAGUUGGACAUGGGCUCUUGUGCAUUCGAGACAGGCGUUAAAGAGGGACGGGUGACAGCUGGUGGAGAGAACAGUGAGCACAGCUUUGGCGGUGGAAUGACGUACAAGUCAAGCGUUGUGGACAAAGUCAAGGAUGCGGUAUCAGGAUAG